CUUAAAAUAUAAAUAUAAAUUUAAAAAUAAAUAAAAUUUGAAAAUUUUCUGUCAUUUUACAUUUCUUAGAUUUUGGACAGAGUUUAGAAGAGAGGAGAGAGAAGAAGAUAAACAGGAUUCUUCUUCUUCUCCUUCUCCUUCCUUCUUCAACAAACCCAUAAAAAACCCAGCUCCUUUUAGGGUUUACUAUAGGAAAUUUCAAAUUAAUUUAUAUUAAAAUUAUCCUAAAAAAGUUCAAUUUAAUUAAUUAUUUACAUAAAUGAAGAAUAUGAGCAGAGAUUUGUUCGAUCCAAGAACUGUGAUGGAUUCGGAAUAUGAUAGGUCUGCGAAAGAGGGAAAUUUCGCGUUCGCCUUCAAUGACAGCAAUUUCUCGGACCGGGUUCUUCGGAUCGAGAUUAUGGCUGGGCCGUCUUAUUCUAAAUCCGAUGCUGAUGGUUGUUGUAGCCUCUUUGAUUGGGCUCGUAAUCGCAAGCGUAGGCGUGAGGAUUUGAAGAAGGAUGUUCAAAUUGAUAAUGACACUAUUGAGGGUGAAGAUGUUACUGUGGGUCCCGAGGAGCAGGUUUUGCAUCAAUCUGACGGCGACGAUGUUUUAGCCUGUGAAAAUGAUGAUGAGGAAGCCGUUGCGAUGAUUGAAGAAUUACCUUCAGGAGACGAAGGAACAAAUAGCAAUGAUUCAUUAUGGAGCAUGGAAUGUUCGACAAUCGUGAGCGUCAAAACCUUGCAUAUCAGCUCUCCUAUCUUAGCUGCCAAAAGUCCAUUUUUCUACAAGCUAUUCUCAAACGGCAUGAGGGAGUCUGAACAGAGGCAUGUGACUUUGCGUAUUAAUGCAUCUGAGGAAGAUGCUCUUAAUGAGCUUCUGAACUUCAUGUACAACAACACCUUAUCUGCAAAUACGGCUCCAGCUUUGCUGGAUGUAUUAAUGGCUGCUGAUAAGUUUGAGGUUGCUUCAUGUAUGAGAUAUUGUAGUCGUCAGCUGCGUAAUUUGCCCAUGAACCCCGAGUCUGCUCUACUCUAUCUUGAUCUUCCAUCCAGUGUUUUAAUGGCUGAAGCAGUUCAGCCAUUGACAGAUGCAGCUAAGCAGUACCUUGCCGAACGUUACAAGGAUAUUACCAAGUUCCAAGAAGAGGUCAUGGGUUUACCCAUUGCUGGAAUCGAGGCUAUUCUUGCCAGCGAUGAUCUUCAGGUGGCAUCGGAGGAUGCAGUUUAUGACUUUGUCUUAAAGUGGUCCAGAUCUCAGUACCCAAAACUGGAAGAACGGCGCGAAAUCCUAGCCUCCCAUCUUGCUCGAUACAUACGGUUUCCAUACAUGACAUGCCGGAAGUUGAGGAAGGUUCUAAGCUGUCCAGACUUUGAUCACGAGGUGUCAUCCAAGCUUGUCCUUGAGGCACUCUUCUUUAAGGCAGAGGCCCCACAUCGGCAACGGAUACUUGCUGCAGAAGAAUCAGCUUCCACAAACCGCCGCUUUUUAGAACGGGCUUACAAGUAUCGUCCUGUUAAGGUGGUUGAGUUUGAACUUCCUCGACAGCAGUGUGUUGUGUACUUGGAUUUGAAGAGGGAGGAGUGCGCAAAUCUGUUCCCAUCUGGGCGAGUGUAUUCUCAAGCAUUCCACUUAGGUGGGCAGGGAUUUUUUCUAUCAGCUCAUUGCAACAUGGAUCAGCAAAGCUCUUUUCAUUGCUUUGGGUUGUUUCUGGGAAUGCAGGAGAAAGGGUCUGUAACGUUUGCAGUUGACUACGAGUUUGCUGCUAGGUCGAAGCCAACGGAAGAGUUUCAGAGCAAAUACAAAGGGAACUACACGUUUAUGGGGGGUAAGGCAGUAGGUUAUAGAAAUCUAUUUGGGAUACCGUGGACCUCGUUUAUGGCAGAGGAUAGCCUUUAUUUCAUCAAUGGAAUUCUGCAUCUUAGAGCUGAGCUCACUAUUAGGCAUUGACUUAAUAAUCUGUGUCUUGUUCCGAAAACGUCUGGUAAUCAUUGGUAUCCUUGUAAACUCUUUUGUUUUAUUGUUAAUUUUCCCUUAAUUUCAUUAGGGCUUGACAGGAAACUUACUUUAGGGCAAUAUAGAUGAGCUAACAUGUAAUUUUUAUAUUUUGUUUAGUUUUUGAGGGGUCAAGAUUAAUGAGGGAUCUCUCGAUGUUGUCCUUGCCAUACCUGAAAAGCGGAGGAGAAUCGAUAUGUAAAUGUGUUUGAGAAUUAUUAUUAUUAUUAUUAUUAUUAACAACCAGCUUGUACUUUUAUCA